GCACUGACAGCGUGGAGUCACGCCAUGGAGGACCAAGAAGCGCUGGGUUUUGAACACAUGGGCCUGGAUCCCCGGCUCCUGCAGGCUGUCACCGAUUUGGGCUGGUCGCGACCUACGUUGAUCCAGGAAAAGGCCAUUCCUCUGGCGCUGGAGGGGAAGGACCUCCUGGCCCGCGCCCGCACAGGCUCCGGGAAGACCGCAGCUUAUGCUAUUCCGAUGCUUCAGUCGCUUCUCCACAAGAAGGCGACAGGUCCUGUAAUGGAGCAGGCUGUGAGAGGCCUUGUUCUUGUUCCUACCAAGGAGCUGGCACGGCAGGCCCAGGCCAUGAUCCAGCAACUGGCUGCCUACUGUGCUCGGGAUGUGCGAGUGGCUAACGUCUCAGCUGCAGAAGACUCAGCUUCUCAGAGAGCUGUGUUGAUGGAGAAGCCAGAUGUGGUGGUGGGAACCCCAUCCCGAGUGUUAAGCCACUUGCAGCAGAACACCUUGAAACUCCGGGACUCCCUAGAGCUGCUGGUGGUAGAUGAAGCUGACCUUCUUUUUUCCUUUGGCUUUGAGGAUGAACUCAAGAGUCUUCUCUGUCACUUGCCUCGGAUUUACCAGGCUUUUCUCAUGUCGGCCACUUUCAAUGAGGAUGUACAAACUCUGAAGGAGCUGGUACUGCAUAACCCGGUUACCCUCAAGUUACAGGAGUCCCAGCUGCCGGGGCCAGACCAGCUCCAGCAAUUUCAGGUGGUCUGUGAGACAGAAGAGGACAAGUUCUUGCUGCUGUAUGCCCUGCUCAAGCUGUCACUGAUUCGGGGCAAAGCCUUGCUCUUUGUCAACACUCUAGAGAGGGGUUACCGGCUCCGUCUUUUCCUGGAACAGUUCAGCAUUCCUUCCUGCGUGCUCAACGGAGAACUCCCACUGCGCUCCAGGUGCCACAUCAUCUCACAGUUCAACCAAGGCUUGUAUGAUUGCGUCAUAGCGACAGAUGCUGAAAUCUUGGGACCCCAAGUCAAAGGCAAACGUCGAGGCCGCGGGUCCAAAGGAAACAAGGCCUCUGAUCCAGAGUCAGGUGUGGCUCGGGGCAUAGACUUCCACCACGUGUCUGCGGUCCUCAAUUUUGACCUUCCUCCCACCGCAGAGGCUUAUGUCCAUCGAGCUGGCAGGACAGCUCGAGCCAACAACCCAGGCAUAGUUCUGACCUUUGUGUUGCCCGCGGAACAGCCUUUCUUGGGAAAGAUUGAGGACCUUCUGAGUGGAGAGGGCGAGGCCCCCAUCCUGCUUCCAUACCAGUUCCAGAUGGAGGAGAUUGAAAGCUUUCGUUAUCGCUGCAGGGAUGCCAUGCGCUCAGUGACCAAGCAGGCCAUUCGAGAGGCGAGACUGAAGGAGAUCAAGGAGGAGCUUCUGCACUCAGAGAAGCUCAAGACAUACUUUGAAGACAACCCCAGAGACCUUCAGCUACUUCGCCAUGAUCUGCCCUUGCACCCGGCAGUGGUGAAGCCUCAUUUGGGCCAUGUCCCUGACUAUUUGGUUCCUGCUGCUCUUCGUGGCCUUGUACAUCCUCGAAAGAAACGGAGAAAGGUGCCCUUCUCUAGGAAGGCUAAGAAGGUGAAGGCCCAGAACCCACUGCGUGACUUUAAGCACAGGGGAAAGAAACCUAAGCCCGCAGCAAAGCCUUCUUGAGGUUGCCUGAGCCUGAGGACACUGAAUUGGGCAUCCUGGCCUGGAUGGAGUGGGCUUUCUGCUCUGUUUGUGGGCACAUUCUGGUGCUCAGUGUGUGGACAGACUGUACUUUGAGGAAGCAGCUUUGGACACCCCAUCUCCUUGGUACUACUGGGCUGCCAUUUUGUCCAUUAGCAGAAUAAAGAUUCCAGCUGCCCCGGGCUGUGACCCUCUGGAAUGUGGGAAAAGAUUGCUUUCCCAAAUCUCCGGAGUUGACAGAAAAGGUGGUGUUGUCUGGCUCUGCUGCUGCCUGCCUCAGUUGGCAAGCCAAGGCCAGGUGUCCUGGUUCUGCCGGUCCAGUGUUGGGCUGUGACUGACCCAGAGCCCUGUCUGUAGUUCCUGCAGUUCUACCACCCCAGAUCAGCAGACCGAAGAGCUUGUGUUCUUCUAAGUCAGGGCAUUCCUGACCAUAAGCCCCUGGAUCUCCCCAGCAUACGCAUGUUCACAUUCAGAGGAAAACAUCACUAAGCCCUGGGAGCCAAGGCAACUAGCGUCCCUUUUUGGAUGAAAGAUUGUGACAGUCUGUGUGUUUGUUUCAGAAGCACAAGUGGUAAUAUACGGAAUGCACACCUACAAGACCCCUCCUCCAUGUCCCAACCUGAGCACUGGCUGCAGGGGGCUUCAGAGGAGGUGAUGCUCUGCAUCCUCCCUCAGCAUCCUCCUACCUGUCCUGUAUACCAGUUACUCUCUGCCUGGCUGCUUGUCACUUGCUUAUCAGGCAUCGGAAGGCCAGGCUGGGGUAGAAGAGAAGUCAAGCCUGAAGUUCAGCUUUGGUUCUAGUCAGGGGGUGUGGCUGGAGGGACAGGGUGAGGCUUGGGGUUUCUGUGUCUUAACUCCAAGGGUCUCCAGGACGCUGGAGUAUGUAGCCUGGGAAGACGGGGAUUGUCAGUGGUAGAUGUAUUCCAGAGCCUCGAAGCCCACAGUGUCAUGCUAUCCUGUGCUCAGUUGUAGUGAGAAAAAGAUGAAGAGUAGCCCUGGGGGCCAGGAAGAUGGUUUGUAGAUAAGUGUUUGCUGUGCAAGUAGUGAGGGCCUGGGUGUGCUUCCUCAGCACCCAUGGAAAGACAGAGUGGCAGUCUGCAUCUCCAACACCGUUGUGUGCCUUUAGGCAGGGAGGGAGUGCAAAAGGGCUUGCUGGCUAGGCAGUGUAGACAAAACAGGAUGCUCUAGGUUCAGGGAAAGACUGGAUCCUAAAAACUAAGAUGGAGAGCAACAGAGAAGACCCACUGUGACCUCUGCAUGCAGAACAGCAUGCAUCAGCAUAUGCAAAAACAGCAAUUCCUGGCCUUUGCCGCCCUGCUUUGCUGACAGCCCUGGACAGUUCGGUGGACUGAGGUGGAUGUUGGUCCAUGCCUGCUGUUCCUGUGGUACUGUCUGAUUCUGUCACUUUCCUUACCAUGGUGAGGACAUGUGCCCCAAACCACCUAGUUGUUAGGGUAGUUCAGUGGGGCUCAGCAGGUAAAGGUGUUUGCCUGUAAGGUGUGUGAACCAAGGCCAGUUCUUAGGACCCUCAUGGUGGGAGGAAAGAAGAGAUUCUCACAAGUUCUCUGACCACAUAUUUGCAAUGGCUUUUGUGCUCCCAUACCCCAUAAAUAAAUUCAAAAGCAAUCCAGUAAAGAUGGGGUCACACAGCAGGUGGGGCGAGGUCAGGUUUGGAGCCUGGCCUGGUCAGCAGUACAGGGCUAGCUGUGUGGGUUGUUACUGCAGUAGCUGGCGACUGUUCUGGGACCUGCCGUUACUCAGGCCUACACUUUGGGAUGAGAUAACUUAGGCUGUGGAGAAAAUGUUCCCUGUUUUCUGAGUCUAAGUAGGGAGAGUAUGCAGAGCUUACUACCCUUAAGCUUGCUAUUGAUUCUUCGUAAGUUUCUCAUCAUGUACCCCAGUCCCACCCAUCUCCUUGUCACCCCGACCCUUGCAGCCUCGUCGUCCCCCCCCCCCCAAAAAAAAAGAAACAAAGCAUAGAAAACAUUGAGGGAGCUGUAAUGUCACAGUGCGUCCCACGGUUUACCCCUGUCCACACGUCUGCAAUGGUCUGGUCUGGUUUAAGGCCUCUACCUUCUGUGACACUUUACUGAGUCCUUCCAGUUAGCCUGUGUGUCAUGGAGAUCCUGCAGCUCUGGGUCAGCAGGGCUGGCCAUUUUAUGAGCCCUGGCAGUUCACAAAUGAUGUAGAUUUUUGAGGUGGGCCCGGGAUCUGCAUGGUCCUGAGCUGGCUCUCCCUUAUCCACACCAUCAGGGUGAGCUCUCUGGCUCUGCUCCAGCUAGGCUGCCCAGUGCCAUCAUCAGUAGGAGGCAGGGUCAGCUCUCCUGCUCUCGUGACCUUCGAGCCAGCUCCACUGUGCUGCCCAGUCAAGACUUAGCCCUUCCUUUCUAAGGUGCAACCUGUGAGGGGUUAGGCCAACUCUACCACUCUGGGGCUGGUUCACGCCCCAACCCCCACAUGCCUUCCCCUUCAGGGCCAGCUCCACUGUGCUGCCCAGGCAAGACCCUGAGCCUGCUCUCCUGAGUGUUGCAGCUGGCAAGGGGCAGGGCCAUCUGUCACAGGGGGCUGGCGGUGGAGAGUGGUUACCAUUGCUGCGAGGAGGCAUCAUAACCAAAGCAACUUACUGAGGAAAGGGUUUCUUUUGUUCAUAGUUCCUUAUAAAGUUCAUCAUCAAAAGCAGUGAGGACAGGAACCCGAGUGCAGGAGCUGAUGCAGAGGCUGUGGAGGCUGCUGCUUACUAGCUUGUCCCUAUGCAUUGCUCAAACUGCUUUCUUAGAGCACCCAGGACCACUGGCCAGGGCCUCACCCACAGUAGGCUGGGCCCUCCCAUAUCUAUCACUAGAUAAGAAAAUGCCCUCUGAUUCUGUUGUUAUAGCUCCCUUUUCAUUUCUGAUUUUAUUUUUUUUUAUUUUUUAAUUUUUUAUUAGGUAUUUAGCUCAUUUACAUUUCCAAUGCUAUACCAAAAGUCCCCCAUACCCACUCACCCCUACUCCCCUACCCACCCACUCCCCCUUUUUGGCCCUGGCGUUCCCCUGUACUGGGGCAUAUAAAGUUUGCGUGUCCAAUGGGCCUCUCUUUCCAGUGAUGGCCGACUAGGCCAUCUUUUGAUACAUAUGCAGCUAGAGUCAAGAGCUCCAGGGUACUGGUUAGUUCAUAAUGUUCUGAUUUUAUUAAUUAGGAUACUGUCCCUGUGCCCUCUAGUGAGUCUGGCUAAGGGUUUAUCUAUCUUGUUGAUUUUCUCAAAGAACCAGUUCCUAGUUUGGUUGAUUCUUUGUAUAGUUCUUUUUGUUCCACUUGGUUGAUUUCAGUCCUGAGUUUGAUUAUUUCUUGCGUCUACUCCUCUUGGGUGAAUUUGCUUCCUUUUGUUCUAAAGCUUUUAGGUGUGCUGUCAAGCUGCUAGUGUGUGCUCCAGUUUCUUUUUGGAGGCACUCAGGGCUAUGAGUUUUCCUCUUAGGACUGCUUUCAUUGUGUCCCAUAAGUUUGGGUAUGUUGUGUCUUCAUUUCAUUAAACUCUUGAAAGUCUUUAAUUUUAUUUCUUCUUUGAACAAGGUAUCAUUGAGUAGUGUUGUUCAGCUUCUACAUGUAUGUGGGCUUUCUAUUAUUUAUGUUGUUAUUGAAGAUCAGCCUUAGUCUGUGGUGAUCUGAUAGGAUACAUGGGAUUAUUUCAAUAUUUUUUGUAUGUGUUGAGGCCUAUUUGGUGACCAAUUAUAUGGUCAAUUUUGGAGAAGGUACCAUGAGGUGCUGAGAAGAAGGUAUAUCCUUUUGUUUUAGGAUGAAAUGUUCUAUAGAUAUCUGUUAAAUACAUUUGUUUAAUAACUUC